GCACGACGGCAAGUGUGUCAAGAAGGCCUACUAUGAGGCCGACUACAAGUGCCCAUCCGGCUACUCCCUCACGAGCGACUACAGCAAGUGCUGGGCGGACAAGUAUGAAGACAAGAAGACCAAGUGCCCCUACGGCUUUAAGUUCGACGACGAGACGCACAAGUGCAUCAAAUACGACUAUGCCGACCUCAAGUACUACUGCCCAGCGGUGAGUGAGUCGAGUGAGAACAUCGGCAACACGGCACUGGACGAUUCCGCACGCACACACACACUCGUCUGUGUGUGUGCCUGUCAUUGCCCCAGCACUUCAAGUUGACGCCCAAGGGCUGCAAGACCACGAAAUACGAAGCCAAGGCGCCUUACUGCAAGCACGGCUACCUCGAGGGCGGCAAGUGUGUGGCCAAGAAGACCUAUGACGUCGACUACGAGUGCAAGUAUGGCUACAAGCUGACUGAUGACGGCAGCAAGUGCUACGCCAGCAAAAAGCUGAGCUACAAGUACAGGUGCCCUUAUGGCUACGAGCUGCUCGAGGCCGACAAGAAGUGCGUCAAGCCCAUCUAUGCGAAGGUGGCCUACAAGUGUGCCAAGGGCAAGCUGACCUUCAUUGACGCCGAGCAUUACGGCAAGAAGACCCCCGUGUGCUGCAUAUACGACUACCACAACUUUGGGGGAGGCUCCAACAGCUACCACCACUGA